CACAAUGAUCAAUUGAGUAAUGGUACGACGCGUCUGAAUAGUUUUUCUUCAAAUCUUUAACACAGAGGGAUGACGUUCAGUUAUGAUAUCAUUAUCAUCGGUGCUGGAAUUGCUGGACCAGCUUUGGCGCAUUCAUUGUCACUAAUUCGCCCAAAGGACGCUCCCCCAUUGAGAAUAGCGCUUCUUGAACGAUCUUUAACCAAGCCUGAUCGUAUUGUGGGAGAGCUUUUACAGCCCGGUGGUAUGAAUGCUCUGAAGGAACUAGGUCUGCAGUGGUGCACAGAAGGCAUCGACGCGAAGCCUACGUAUGGAUAUUGCGUCGUGUACGAGGGAAAACAGGUCCAUAUUCCUUAUCCGAAUGGCGCUCAGGGUCGAAGCUUUCAUCAUGGUAGCUUCGUAAUGAAUCUUCGGGAAGCGGCGUCUAAAGCUCGGGGUGUCGAUGUCAUCGAGGCUACCGUUAACGAACUUAUCGAAUGCCCUCUUACUGGUCGUGUUCUAGGAGUGCGCGCUACGCGCAAGACCAAGGAUGUUCCUCCCUAUACCGAAUCCUUUUUUGGCGAACUCAUUAUUGCUGCCGAUGGGUGUUACUCUAAAUUCCGAUCCCAAGUCACUCAACAAACACCUGUUACAAAGAGCAACUUUAUGGGGGCCAUCCUUGAAAAUGCCCAGCUCCCUAUCAGCAACCAUGGGACAGUUGUUCUCGUACCUGGCUCUGGUCCUCUACCGGCUGACACGAAAGCCCACGUCCGCAACAUCGUCGUCCCCGCUCUUCCUGAUGCGCUCCGAAAACCUGUACUCGAAUCAUUGGAAAAGGAUCGUCUGAGAGGCAUGCCCAAUUCCUUUCUCCCAGCCGCAAAGCAAGGUCAUAGCAAAGAAGGACUGAUUUUGAUUGGGGAUGCGUGGAAUAUGCGGCAUCCUUUGACUGGAGGUGGCAUGACAGUGGCCCUCAACGAUGUCGUGAUAUUAACGCGUCUCCUGACACCUUUUCUGUCGGAGGCGAAUCCUGAAUUGGAAGCGUCAGCGGCUCCCACUACAAUCACGCUUGAUUGGGAUCAGAUCUCUGACGCGUUAAGCGCAUGGCACUGGUCGAGAAAAGGCCUCUCUAGCACCAUUAAUAUCCUCAGCGUUGCAUUGUAUGAUCUCUUUGGCGCUGAUGACAUCAACCUACAUAUUCUGCGCGCUGGGUGUUUUGCCUAUUUCGAGCGGGGUGGUGAUUGCAUCCAUGGGCCCGUCUCUUUACUGGCUGGUCUCGCGCCGUCGCCAGUCCUGUUAGCGCGCCAUUUCUUUGCAGUCGCAUUUUACUCGAUAUACAUCCACUUCACUACGCCGCUCGUCGCAUCGAACAAAGGGAAGUUAGGAGAUGAUGAUGAGGACGACAAACUUUUACGGCAGUUUUCAUUCGGGGAGUACCCAGCUUAUAUAUUUCGGUGUUUCACUGUGUUUUGGACUGCAUGUAUUGUAUUUGGGCCGCUGGUAUGGAGCGAAAUUAGAUGGUGGUAGCCGCGGACAUGUUUGAGGGACAACUAUCACCCCACAUUUCUUUUGAUGCAAAAUCCGUGGAGUUGAUUGUUUAUUCUACGCUCCACUCGUACUAAUCUCGUCACUCGGACAAUUUUCCUAGACAGUUCUAAUAUUAUCAUGGAGAUAUUGAUGGUUUUUGGGAUUCCACACUACUUGCGCCG